CCGUUUUUCUUUACUUUAUAUUUUUGCUGCUUUAAGUGGGAACACUCAGACGUUAACCUUUGACUGUAGCGAUUGAGAGAAUAAAAAAUUUCACAUUUUUUUUUCCUUUUUCUUUUUCUCAUCACUAUUUAUUAAGUGUUUCUGUCUGUGGGUUGAUUUUGAUUCUUUGUUUGCUUUCAAAGAGUGGUGAGCUUUUGAGUGUUCAUUUGGGCUUCUUUUUUUCUUUUUCUUUUUCUUUUUUUAUUGAAGAACUUCAAGUUUUGGGAAGUUCAGUUGUUCUAUAAGCCUUUUGUAUGACUGUAUCUUUUACAAGCCAUGGAGAUUUACCCUUAGACAGAGUUGUUUGAUAGAGUAUGAGCUCUCUGUCAACUGAACUUACUAGAAGGAUGGCAAUAUAUGAGCAAUUCCACCAGAUAAACAAGUGGGGAGACACCUUCAACGGUGAAGACAGUCCAAAAACAGGAUCAUCGACAGUUUUACAAGUGGAUGUUAGGCUAGAAAACAAGGCCGAAUAUAUAUCUUCCGAGAAAACCGAACCUUCCAGAAGUGAUCAAGAAACAAAUAAGCCAACAGAUAAGAUACAGAGACGUCUGGCACAAAAUCGUGAAGCUGCUCGCAAAAGUCGUCUGCGGAAAAAGGCUUAUGUUCAACAAUUAGAAUCGAGUCGUUUGAAACUAGCUCAAUUGGAGCAAGAACUCGAAAGAGCUAGGCAGCAGGGGUUAUACAUAAGCAGUGCAUCUACUGGUUAUUUUGGACUGUCUGCAGCUGCAAAUGCUGGUAUUACUGCUUUUGAGAUGGAAUAUGGGAACUGGGUUGAAGAGCAAAAUAAAAAGAUUUGUGAACUUAGAAGUGCUCUCCAAGCACACAUUACUGAUAUAGAGCUCCGCAUUCUGGUAGAAAAUAGCUUGAACCACUAUUGCAAUUUGUUCCACAUUAAAGCCGAUGCUGCAAAGGCAGACGUCUUCUAUUUGAUCUCAGGCAUUUGGAGAACUACAGCCGAGCGUUUUUUCCACUGGAUUGGAGGAUUCCGUCCAUCAGAACUCUUGAACGUUUUAAUGUCACAAAUCGAGCCUUUGACCGAUCAACAACAGUUGGAGGUUUAUAACCUUCAACAAUCUUCUCAACAAGCUGAAGAUGCUCUUUCUCAGGGAAUAGAUAGACUUCAGCAGAACUUAGCCGAGAGUGUAGCAACAGAUUUGAGUUCAGGAAACUACAAAGCUCAACUAGCUGCUGCAAUAGAUAAAUUGCAGGCCCUAGAGGGCUUUGUGAAGCAGGCUGAUCACCUUCGCCAGCAGACUUUGCAACAGAUGGCUCGAAUCUUAACAACCCGUCAAGCAGCUCGAGGUUUACUUGCUUUGGGGGAAUACUUCCAUCGUUUACGUGCUCUCAGUUCACUUUGGUCUGCACGUCCACGCGAACCUUCCUAAAUCUGAAGUGAAGAUAGAAACUUAGACUACCAUCAAUAUUAUAUCUAGGUUGCAGACGCCAGAAGUUUGUUCCUCAACCAGUAAGAAAAUGGUCUUUUGCGGGUCUUGUUGUAUGAAACAUCAAUAAAUAUAUAUAAGCUUAUAUUCUUCCUGAGCAUGAGACAUGUAAGUAUGAAUCCUUAUUGCUGUGUAUCAAGAAUAAUUUUAGGUCAGCAAAGUUAGAUUUUCUUGUUUUGUAUUUAUAUUGUUUGGAAGCCAAAGAAUUAUACUAGCAAGCUUGUGAGUACCUCAUUUUUUACCCUUUUUUCGAAUUGGAUCAAGAAAUUUAGCGUUUUAA